AGGAAAAGAAAAGAUACUCCAUCUCGGCCGACUAACUCGCCAUACAGGUUCUCAGCAAAAAGAGGAUCGGGGCAGACAGUAAGAUCAGCGCGAGGAGACCACACAGCUAAUCUUGGGCUGUCACUAUCGGGAUCCUCUCUCACACCGUAGGACCCUCCAGUUCUUCCCAAAUUCUCAUAGCCACACGAUCUCCUCUGUAGUUUUAUGAGUGCAGUGAAAAUACGACUCAAGAGAAUGACUUAUUGUUACUCUAUCGUUGACUCCGAAGCACGUUAGAAGUACUAACCAUUGUCAGUGCCGGAAGAGGGCGUUUCAAGGCGGUUGUGAAGGGAAAAUAAGCAGUCUGCAGGACAAGACUCGGAGUCAUACUUGCGCAAUGGAAAAGCGCGUCCUCAGUCUCCUUAUCCUUGGAGUAGUGAUACCUCCUGCCCAAGAAUACCAGAUACUCCCUGAUGCUGCUGUUACUUAUAAGGCGCCAAUGUCAUCUUCACCAUCGUCAUUACCGCAGUCACCACAACAACAUCAAUCGCAACCACCAUCCCUACAACCCCAACAACAAACCCCACCUCAGUUCGGCCCCAACCCGCCAAUACCCACUUCGCUCGGUCACUACAUGGGAAGCACCCAGCAGAUAGACCCGUGUGCCCGUGACGAAGUGUUGGUGCAAGGCGGGUGUCACCAACUACUCAUGCGUGGACCUUGUGCUCCUGAUGAGUACGUGUUACUGGACCCGGCCGACCACAAAGGUUUCUGCGCUGCACGACUCUGCGCACCCGACAGGAUCUUUGUCUUCAGCGACCAGCUCUGUCACGAUCCCCUUGACUCCACGAUGUGUCCGCCGGGGCGACAUCUGUACCAGACUGCCUACGGGACGCCGCUGUGCCAGUGCCCAGAUGGAACUUACGAGGCAGACGACGACCUAGAUGACGACGUCUGCCAACCUCUUCUAGGCACGUCUAUAUCUUGCCCGCCCGAAGAGGUGCUGUGGUUCAGGGAUUUCAUGCGUUCACCAGAGUGCUUGCCGGACCCGUGCGGCGGCAGGAACCUUCGUCGUGGUCCUAACGACUUACCCUUCGUCCCCUCAACUGAGGAUGGCAAGUGCUACCAGCUGGGUCAGAUGCGCGGCGUGUGUCCCUCUCAGACGUGGUAUUCCCUGGCGCUGCAAACAUUAAGGGGCGUGUGCGUCAGUCUUGAGGAUGCCGGUUACGAGGUGUUUGAUGACGCCACCAUGUCUUACCUGACACAGCUCUACGGUCACCUCAUUUCCAGGGAGACUGCAGCAACACCUCCAACUCUAUCACCCGCUCCUGAGCCGGCACCAACUUUAGCCUCUUACCCUUCAACACCCACCCAACAAACCCCAUUACCGUCACACGCUCAUCCUGAGCAACCGCAGAUGUUUGCUGGGAAUCAAGCCUCGUCUGGUGGAACAAAAGUUCAGUAUGAACAUGGACGAGCCACCACCAGCCAGGCAGACACUCAGGACAGUUUUUUCUCUGAUCAGCAAAUACCACGACCCCAAAAAGUUGCAGAGAUAGAUAUACAUGGCCAAGAAUACACUGAGCAUGAGAUAAUCAGCCAGGAAGAGCCAGGUCGCGGUACACACCACCAUACAGACCAACCAGCUCAUGGUGAGGAAGGGUCUAUCCAAGACCUCCCUGGUCACGAGGAAAGCAUUGCACAUGGCCGGGAAAGUCUAGCCAGCCUAGCGUCCCCAACCAUGACUGCAGACGAUAAUGUAGCGUCACUGCAGAAACCACCUAAACCAGCAGUGAUCCAGAAGUCCACCGACGAGAUGCCCUCAGAACACUUACGCGCUCAUUCUCAUCACAUUACUUCCAACCUUUCCCACUCCCUCUCUUCUCCAACCUACUAUUCCCUCCCACAAAAGACCGUCUCCCAGUCCUCUUCUGCCUUUCCAUCUCCAUCACAGCAACAACCCGCUCACUACGUGCUCCCAAAUCAGCAACACCAGGCUCUUUUUGCUCAGUCACCCUCAUCCUCCUCCCCCCUUUCAUUUCUCUUGACUCAGGCUUUCUCCUCUAAUUAUUCUAACUCAGAACAUCAUGCCUCUCACUCCCAGGCACCCCCCAACCACUUUUCAGUCACCCCCAACGACCCACACUACACACAGCCUUCCAUUUAUUAUAGUCAACCGUCAUCGACAGGUCUUUACCUUCCACAAGCUUCUCCAGCCCUCAGUCCUCGCCUGUCAAUUCACUCUCCUGAGCACAUUACUUCUCAUUCAACUCAUCUCACCCCAGCCAGCCCCGAACGCCAGCAGCUGUCCCUUGAAGCGCUUGCCGCCCAUGACGGCAAGGUGACUUUGGAUCAACACUCUCUUCACCAAGGAAGUCCACCGUCACGCUCCCCAAGUGGUCACCCCUCAGCAUCGAACGCCAGCGGACACCAGAAUUCGUUCAGCAGAUCCGCCACAUGGGAACCAAAGGAAAGGGAACACCAUUCUUUGCCUAGCCAAGAGCAUCAACAGCGUCGCUACCACAGAGGGCGUCGCUCAACGCUACCUCACGCUUCUCCGGGUAACGUGAUCCAGCCGCUCCUCACCGCCUGCCGUGCCGGAGCUCAGCGCGACGUGAAUGCAAAGUGUCGCGAAAUAGUGUUGCCUGCCAAUUUGAAGGGAGCAAGGGAUUUAAGGACAGCACCGCCUGUGCCUCCGCGACCUUCUUGUCCGGAGGUAAGUAGUCAUGCAUUCAAUCACUCAGAAGAUUCAGUUUGCUGAAAUUGUUUCUCUAAUGUGCAAUCAAGGUAAGAUAUUGUUCGAUUGGGACACCGUUGUUGGCAGAUAUGUUACGGUGAGAUGCACCUGGCAAACAUACAGGUCCAGAAGGUUCUGGAGCAAAGUGCAAAUACUGUAUGGGUAGCACAAAGCAUUAAGAAGCCAGACACACGUCACAAGGCCAGACCGAAAGACAGUAAAUAAGGUGCAGGUAACUGCCACUGUAGUGGAUAGAAAUGAGCUGUCAGGUCCAAAUGAGCCCCGCGCUCCUCAGUCUCAUAGUGUAUCUCUGAGAGGCAAAGAAAAAGGAGGGUGAGACUUAUCAGUCCAAAUAAGCCUCGCGCUCCUCGGUGUGCCUCAGACUGCCUCCGAGAGAUAAAGAGGAAGGAGAGCAUAAUGUAGAAAAAAAUCCUGCUUCAAUACAUUCAUUCCACGAAUGCCUUAUGCUUCGUGUUAGCCAUCUUAAUAAAUAAAAUUAAAAAAAU